UUUUCAUUUCUCUUUGCAGAAUGCCUGGAUCGAAACCUCAACAGCCCUAUUACAACUAAUCUUGAAGAUCUUGAAGGCCUAGACGAGAAUGGGGAACAGGGUGCUGUACAUAUAUCUAAAUCAAUGAUUGCUGAAGAUAUUCGUGGGCAUUUGUCAGAGAGAUUAUCGAAGGCUUCUACUCUUCGUCUGCCUGGUAACCACACCUCCAUAUAUGGUAGCGCAGACGACAUCCAAUCGAGAAUACCAGGAUGUUGUACAAGCGGAAAUACGAACGGCACGAGUAGCGGUGACAUUUCGAGGACCGGAAGUAGUGCUGGUCUCGUUGGGAUAGGCGGUAGUGUUGGUGGUAGUGGUGGUGUUGUUGUUGUCGGUGGUAUCGGUGGUAUCGGUGGUGUCGGUGUUGGUAUUGCUAGUAGCAGUAGAAGUAGUAGUAACAGUAAUAGUAGUAUUAGUGGCGUUAUUGGGGCCGAUGCUAUUAGUGGCGGAGGAAGCGAGAACGGCAUCCUUGGGAGCAGCAACAGCAAUAACAGCAACAAUAAUAAUAAUAAUAAUAACAAUAACAAUGAUGAUAAUAAUGAUAAUGAUAAUCCGAAAAGCAGUUCUGUUAAUACUCCCGGAAACAGUAUUGGGGCUGGUAAGAUUCGUAGGGCUCGAACGGCAUUUACGUACGAGCAGCUUGUAGCUCUGGAAAAUAAGUUCAAAACUACUCGAUAUUUGUCUGUUUGCGAGAGAUUAAAUUUAGCACUGUCACUUAGUUUGACUGAAACACAGGUAAAAAUAUGGUUUCAAAACCGUCGAACCAAAUGGAAGAAACAAAACCCGGGGAUGGACGUAAACAGUCCCACAAUACCAAGUAGUUCCCCAUUGCCGAAUAUAGGGGGCGUUAGCGGUAACUUUUCAGCGCCGAAUCUUUACCAACUCAGUCAAAAUUUGCAAGGGUUGUCUCAAUCGGGAGGUAUAAACCCCAGUUAUUUCAUUUCUCCGUAUCUCACGUCGCCAAUGAUACGACAUUGGUGAACGACAAUGGCGGAAUAUCGAAAUAAAUUGAAAGAAAGACGAACAAUAAAAAAAUGCAAAAACAAAAACAAGCAAACAAGCAAAUGCCAGAGCAGCGUAAACAAAAA